AUGAAGGUGUACGGCGAGGGGGGGGGCGCUUAUGAGCCGGAUAACAACCGUUUGCCCACCUCAGAACGCGCGGGUGUAGCUGGCGACGCGCUCGUUCUCCCCGAGCCUGAGGACAGCCUGUCUGCGCUCCCUUACCAUACGAACCCGAGGUCAUGUUCAGGGUCUCUGGACCACUGUGGGUGCCGCGCUGCCAGUUUCGCUGCGCAAAGACGAGCGUGGGCCGUCCGAAUCGACUCGGGCCCGUUGUGUAAACUUCCUGCGCCAGACACGCAGGGGAGUGCCACUGCCUCUCCGGCAAACCGGACGGCCGUUGCGCAAAGGUCGCCCGUCAGUAUGGCCCGCGAGGCCGAGGCGCGCUGGCCGCCGACCACGCUCCUUCUCCUGGGCUUCCUUGUCGGGCUCGCGGCGUCGGAGCUGGCGGCGGGCGCGACUAAUGGGACUUCACUGGAGAGGCGCUGGGAGAGCCUGUUCGCCCGCUCCGUACUGGGGAUCUCAGGCGAAAGAGCGGAGCUGAACUGGGAGAGCGACUAUCUGCUGGGCAUCAAGAGAGUGCGGAGGCUGUACUGCAACGUGGGCAUCGGGUUUCACCUCCAGGUCCUGCCGGACGGCCGGAUAAACGGUGCACAUAAUGAGAACCAGUACAGUCUGAUAGAGAUUUCCACAGUGGAGCGAGGGGUGGUUAGUCUGUACGGCGUGAAAAGCGAGCUCUUUGUCGCAAUGAACAGCAGGGGAAGGCUGUACGGAACGCGUACCUUUAAAUCUGAGUGCAAGUUCAAGGAGACCUUGCUGCCAAAUAACUAUAAUGCCUAUGAGUCUUCCGUUUACAAGGGAUUCUACAUUGCUCUCAGCAAACACGGCAGAGUGAAGAGAGGCAACAAAGCCAGCACCUCCAUGACAGUCACUCACUUCCUCCCCCGAAUAUGAACAAGGCUGGCAGUAGCGCUCUCUCAUUUUGCACAUCUGGAUGUUCUCUCACAUGAGAGAUUUGAAAACAUAAUUACGUACCCACAGAAACUAAAGAGACUGCAAGAAUAUCA